AUGGAGGUCAAAAUCGACCAGGAACAUAUACCGACCUCAUAUCCAGGUCCCGUCCACAUCGCGGUCAUAGGCGGCACCGGGCUCGAACAUCUGCCUGAUUUCCAGAAAGCCGCCGUCCUCACCGUCAACACGCCCUGGGGCACGCCCUCGUCGCCCAUCACCAUCCUCGAGCACCCGUCGCCGACCACCGGCAACCCAAUCCCUAUCGCCUUCCUGGCCCGCCAUGGCCCACAUCACGCACUGGCGCCUCACGAAGUCCCCUCGCGCGCAAACAUCGCCGCCCUGCGCCACAUCGGCGUGAGAUGCAUCAUCGCCUUUUCCGCCGCGGGCAGUCUGGCCGAGGAGGUCAAGCCGAGGGAUUUCGUCGUCCCGACCCAGGUCAUUGAUCGGACCAAGGGGGUCAGGCCCUGGACGUUCUUCGAGGACGGUGUCGUUUGUCACAUCCCUUUUGCGGAUCCGUUCGAUGCAAAGGUUGGGGAUGUGGUGAGACGGUGCGGCCACAGCUUGGAGGGCGAUGGAGUCGUGUUGCACGAUUCCGGCACCUUGAUUGUCAUGGAGGGACCACAGUUUAGCACUCGCGCCGAGUCGAACUUGUACCGUUCGUGGGGUGGCACGGUCAUCAAUAUGUCGACCUUGCCAGAAGCCAAGCUUGCUGCAGAAGCCGAAAUUGCAUACCAGGUUAUCCUGAUGAGCACAGACUAUGAUUGCUGGCACGAUGUCCACGGCGACGUUUCCGUCGAGAUGGUCAUGGGUCACAUGCGCGCCAACGCCGUCAACGCCCGCCGCUUCAUCGCCGCUGUGCUGGACGAGCUCUCCAAAGAAGAACAUGGCGACCUCGUCCAAGCAACGCAUCUUGCCGGAGCGAGGAAGUUUGGCGUCAGCACAUACCCCGAGGGACGGGGAGAGAAAGCACUCGAGAAGCUGAGGUGGUUGUUCGAGGGCUAUUUCUGA